UGAUUACCUCAAUCAAGUUUAGCCUUUACAGCUCUUCUUCUUCUUCUUCUUCUCCCUGUUGCAUGCAUUAAUGGUAAAAAAAUGAAAAUGGAGAAAUCUGUUCAAAACAAGCAAUCCCUUCCCUUUGUUUUCGACUCCUCCGUCCUCAAAAACGAGAUCAACAUUCCAUCCCAGUUCAUAUGGCCCGAUCACGAGAAGCCCGGGACACAAUCCGGCCAGAUGGAACUUGACGUCCCAACAAUCGACCUUGCCGGAUUCCUCUCCGGAGAUCCCUCCGCCGCUGAACAGGCUUCCCGUUUGGUCGGAGAAGCCUGUCUGAAACACGGAUUCUUCCUCGUAGCCAACCACGGGGUCCACGCCGACCUCAUUUCAAAAGCCCGAAGCUCUAUCGAUUCCUUUUUUUCUCUCCCGCUCGAGCAGAAGCAGAGGGCUCAGAGAAAGGUCGGAGAACAUUGCGGUUACGCCAGCAGCUUUACCGGACGGUUCUGUUCCAAGUUACCGUGGAAGGAAACUCUCUCUUUCGGGUACACACCAACAGAUGACGACACUGAAUCCAACGUUGUUCAAAACUAUUUUUCUCGGACCAUGGGUGAGGAUUUCGCCGACAUAGGGGGUGUUUUUGAAGAGUACUGCACGGCCAUGAGCAAGCUUUCAUUGGCAAUCAUGGAGCUACUAGGGAUGAGCCUUGGAGUGAAAAAGAGUCAUUUCAAGGAUUUCUUUGAAGGGAAUGAAUCCAUCAUGAGGCUAAACUAUUAUCCCCCAUGCCAGAAACCUGACCUUACCUUGGGCACCGGCCCUCACUGCGACCCUACAUCUCUCACCAUCCUCCACCAGGACACCAUUGCAGGCCUCCAAGUCUUCGUGGACGGCCAAUGGCGAAACAUCACCCCUAACCCUAACUCUUUUGUCGUUAACAUUGGUGAUACCUUCAUGGCUUUAACGAAUGGACGAUACAAGAGUUGCUUGCAUAGGGCGGUUGUGAACAACAAAAUGGCUAGAAAAUCAUUGGCAUUCUUCCUUUGUCCGGGGAAGGAUAAGAUUGUGAAACCGCCAAGUGAAUUGGUGGACACCAUGAACCCAAGAAUCUAUCCGGACUUCAAUUGGUCAUCGUUACUCGAGUUCACACAGAAGCAUUAUAGGGCCGAUAUGAACACGCUUCAUGUCUUCUCCAACUGGAUUCGUCAGAAAACCGCUCAAGCAGCUUAGAAUCAUCAUAAUUCAUUAAUGCUACUAUCCCAAAUUUUAAUUAACCGCUCCCCCUUCCCCCUUGCAUUUACUUAAUUUCCUUGUUUGAUCAUGAUGGAUUUCUGCCAGUUUAAGAGUCAGAGAAACUUAUAAUUAAUGAUAAAUAUAUAUAUAU